AUGGAUGAACUUAAUUGCACAUUAUGUAAUAAAGAAUCUUUAACAAAAAGACAAGCGGUGAAACAUAUUUUUAAAGAUCAUUUGAAUUACAUACCAUGGAUAUGUUCUAAAUGUAAUUUUAAAGCAUAUACUAUUACUGAUAAACAUGUUCAUGAAAAUGAAACUAUUCAUACUAUGAUUGAAUCUGAAAAAUAUUCUUCAAAUUUUAGAAUUUUUAGUAUUAUUUAUUGUGAUAUGCGAUAUAUAAAAAAAUUUGGUGAAGAAAAUUUAGAUAGGUGUAGAAUUUUAAGACCUUCAGUGGAAAUGGCAGUCAAUAAUAUUAUUUGUAAUGGUGAUACUGUAAGCAAGAAUAUUGAUGAUUCAAAAAAUUCUUGUAAUAUUAUCAAUGAAAAAAAUUUUGAUAAUACAGAAAACAGUAGAUUACUUUUGACAGAUGAGAAUGUUGUCCAAAAAAAUUAUAAUGUUCCCAAACUUUUAGAGGACAGAAAUUUUAAUAAUGUUAAUAGAAGUUUUUUUGAUGAUAAAGAAUUUACUACACCUAAGGAUGAUAAAAUUAAUAAUAGUUUUAGUAAAUUAUCAAUUGAUUUAGACAUUUCUUCUAGAAGAUCUAGUAAUAAAACUAAAGAAAUAAAUGAAAUAUCAAUUUUAAGCACAAAAAAUAUUGAUAACAGUAGAAAGAGGGAUAGAACUAGUGUAAGCACAACAGAAUCACAGGAAAUUUUAGGAAAUAAACGUAAAGCCCGUGAAAGAAUUACAUUUGAGAAGGAUAAUUUUGAUGACAGUAGUUGCGUUGACAUUUAUGAAAAACCAAAUAAAAGAUUAAGAUGUUCAUAUGAUGUAUUGAAACCAACCUUAUCUACAAACAAAUACCUUUUAGAGUAUGCUUUUAUUCUUGAUAGAGAUGAAAUUAGUAAUUUACUAUCUUUAUCAAAUAUAACAAAUUGUAAACUUUGCCGAAGAGAAAUUAGAAAUGAGUAUGAUGUUCUUCAACAUAUACAACUUUAUCAUAAUAAUCAUCAAGAAUUUGAAUCACCAAUUCUUUCAUGUGCCAUUAAACGAUGUGAAAAAGGAUUUGAUGAUAUCUAUGAAUUAAGAAAACAUUUUAGAAUUUAUCACAGUGGUUUAAAAUUUGUUAAUAAUAUUGAUGUUAAUGAAAAAAGAAGAGAUAAAUGUGUAUAUGUUAAUAUAUCAGCAAACAAUUUAUUAAAAUAUGAACAACUUUUUAUAGAUUGUUUUCCUAAUUUAAUAUAUGCAUAUUGUGGUAAACCAAUAGAAAAUAGAGGAAAUGUUCAACUUUUUUUAUCAUAUAGUUCUGAAAAAUGUGAUUACCUUAAUUCAGAAUAUUUUUAUAAAAAAGCAGAAGGAAAAAGUCAUAUUGAGUGUGGCAUAUGUAAUAAAAAAAUUCCUGUUGAAAGGUAUUUAAUCCGCCAUGUCAUGGAAAGUCACAUGGAUAGAAAUAAUAAAAAGUACAAUAUACUUGCAUGUCAAGAAUGUAAAGAACCAAAGUAUUAUGAUAUAUCUGAUUUAGAGCAACACUGGCAAAGAGUUCACAGUAAAAUAGGACCAUUUUUUAAUAAUUAUCAUAUAGAAUUUGAUAAAAUUCCAAUGCAAUAUACAUGUGUAGCAUCAACAAUGUCAAAAGAUGAUUUAAAAGCAUAUGAAAUUGUUUUUGAGCAAGCAUACCCAUCUCUUAAAAUUGAAUUAUAA